AUGUUGGCCUCCAUCCUCCGCUGCUCUCGACCCAUCCGUUUUGCCCGCGCCGUCCACAUGGACCCCGCCCGCCCCGUAGAGGGCGCCAUCACCAGCAAACUGACUGCCGCCUUCCAGCCGGAGCACCUGGAGGUGAGUAACGAAAGCCACGCUCACGCCGUGCCGCCUGGAUCCGAGUCGCACUUCCGCGUGCUGGUGGUCAGCGAGCGCUUCAGCGGCCUGUCGCCGCUGCAGCGCCACCGUCUGGUCAACGAGGCGCUGAAGGAGGAGCUGAGCACUCGCGUCCACGCACUGGCUAUCCAAGCCAAGACGCCCGAGCAGUGGCGUCUGGACCCCAACGUGGCCAAGAGCCCUCCCUGCAUGGGGGGUUCUCGAGGGGAUGUCACCAUGGAGGACAAAUUGAAAGCCGGACAAUAA